UUAAUCUCUUCUUCAUCACCCUGGGCCAAAACGGUUAGGCGGCCUCUCGCUCGAUUCUAAAGAAAGCGAACAAAAUGACAAACCCGCUUUUUUUCUCAUUCUUUCUUCUGUUUAUUUUCCUCCUUCAUUGCACGAAAACUUCUGCUCAGGCGCCUGCUGCAGCACCAUCAGGUCCCCCCAACAUUACUGCAAUCCUUGAAAAAGGUGGCCAAUUCACUAUGUUUAUUCGGCUGCUGGAAAGCACCCAACAGGAUGACCAAAUCAACACACAGCUCAACAACACAAACCAGGGCCUUACAGUGUUUGCGCCGACGGAUAAUGCCUUUUCGAGUCUCAAAUCAGGCACAGUCAACUCGCUCAGUGACCAAGAAAAAGUCAGCCUAGUACAAUUCCAUGUUCUCCCAACUCUGAUGACCAUAUCACAGUUCCAAACUGCAAGCAACCCGCUGCGCACGCAGGCGGGGAACAGCGACGCUGGCGAGUACCCGCUCAAUGUUACAACUUCAGGAAAUCAGGUGAACUUAACUACAGGAGUUAAUGAUGCAACAGUUGCUAACACUGUAUUUUCUAGCGCAAAUUUAGAAGUGUAUCAGGUUGACAAUGUGCUCCUUCCAUUGGAUAUUUUUGCUGCUUCGCCGGCGCCUGCGCCUUCGAAGCCGGAGAAGGAUCUUCCGGCUGCAACUCCUAAAGGGUCUUCCACAGAUGUCACAAAUGUUGAUACUUCUGCAGCUGCAUUGAGUUUGAACCAUCGUGCACCAACAGUUUUAACAUUUGGAGUUGCAGUUCUUGCUGCUGUUGCAUUCAGGCCAUGAUUUUGUUUCCACUGAUGUUAAAAAAUUUUGUGUUGAUUAUCAUAAGUUCUUUGAAUUAGUGUUUGUUAAAAAAAUUGAACUCGAUUAAAUCAUUAUUCUUCUAAUAAUUCCUUUAUUAUCAGAAACUUGCCAGAGAAUUA